UGUGGGGCCCCUGAUGUACAGGAAGACAGGAAAUCAGUGAGGAACAUUUCCCCUCACUCAGGACAGGAAAGUGGCUUCUCCACCCAUGUGAGAUCUCUGAUGUCUGGCAAGAUUAGGAUGUGUCUGAAAAACAUUUCCCGCACUCAGGACAGGAAUGUGGCUUCUCCCCUAGAACAAAAGACUGGCAUUUCCCCCCGUCCUGAUGAGAGCUCUGAUGUCUGUAAAGAUUGGCUGAUGUGUCUGAAAAACAUUUCCCACACUCAGAAACAAGGAAUAUGGUCUUCUCACCCGUAUGAGAUUCUCUGAUGUUUGUAAAGACUGGACUUGUCUGAAAAACAUUCCUACACUCAGGACAGGAAUAUGGCUUCUCCCCUGUGUGAGAUCUCUGAUGUUUGUAAAGAUGUGACUAUCCUUGGGAAAACAUUUCCCGCACUCAAGACAGGAAUAUGGUUUUUCCCCUGUGUGAGAUCCUCUGAUGUCUAUUAAGAUGGGAACGUUCAUUGAGAAAACAUUUUCCCCGCACUCAGGACAGGAAUAUGGCUUCUCGCCUGUGUGAAGCCUCCUGAAUGUAUUUUCAAGAUUGGAAUUAUUUGAAAUGCAUUUCUCACACUUAGGACAGCGAAUAAUACGGCCUUCUCUCCUGUGUGAGAUCUUUUAUGCUCAUUAAGCGGGAUUUAUGAUGGAAACAUUUUCCGCACUCAGUUACAGGAGAAGCUCUUCCCUGUUGGA